AUGUCCCUCACAAAUGCCAGUCAAAAAGUCGUAGGUCCAGACCCAAAGGCAGGACUACUCACGCAACGAGAAAGGAUCGCGUCCACCACCCAGUCUCAAGAGAGCUGGAACACUUUCAAAACGUGGAUGUGGACCUGUAUCUCCAAACAUAGUCAAUGUUCACCAAAGUCAUUAGAAGUCCGUCAGCGGCAGCUUCCGAAAAGGCUCAUCGAAGUCAGCGAAGGAAACACUGUCCGGCUUCGGACCGUUGAGAGCAUCGGAGAUGCCUAUGCUAUCGAGUACCUAGCACUCAGCCAUUGCUGGGGACUGGGCCCGCGGGUCAUUCUUACGUCCAGUUCCGCGGCCAGUCUCUUCGAGGGAGUGGAAAUUGCCGCACUUUGUCGCACAUUCCAGGACGCCAUUAUGGUGACGAAGAGAUUCUGGGAUGAGUUCGCGGUGCGGUAUUUGUGGAUAGACUCGCUCUGCAUUAUUCAAGAUUCUGCCGAGGAUUGGAGACAGGAAUCCGCCAACAUGGGCGAGAUCUAUCAAAAUGCCUUUUGCACGCUCGCCGCCACGGCGGCAGCGGAUGGGCACCGUGGAUUCUUUUCUGAUCGAGAUCCCCGCAUGAUAUCCCCUUGCUCCAUUUCUGUGGUGCCAAAAAAUGGUGAAAAUAGGCCCUUCUACUGCGUGGACUACGAGGAUUGGGCGAAGAACGUUUCUCGGGGCCCUUUGAAUGGCCGAUCGUGGGUUCUACAAGAGCGAUUGCUCUCACCUCGCGUGCUACAUUUUGGGGCCGACCAGCUGUACUGGGAAUGCUCGGGGCUCGAGGCGUCCGAAGCAUUCCCAGCAGGGUUCCCUGAAGGGCUCGGAGAGCAGUUCAAACAACUGCUGCCGUUCUCGGGACUACCCCAGAUUGAGCAGCAAGGGCCAAGCAGCCGCGGCCCUUACGGCAUCUGGGACCAGGUCAUGGAAACAUACUCGUCCGGGAAACUGAGCAGGCGGACAGACCGACUGGUCGCGUUAUCUGGAAUCGCUCGCAAACUGCAGCGCCGGCUGAUCCAGCACGACACCUACCUUGCUGGCCUGUGGAAACAAGACCUCCCCUUCGAACUGCUUUGGGACGUCAAGAUCCCUCCUCAAAAACCCGACGCUGGCCACGAAUACAUCGCGCCCACCUGGUCAUGGGCCUCUCGUCUGGCGACGGUCCCCUGCGAAACUGAGACGUGGGCUUCGGCUGCCACGUUGGUGGACAUCACGGGCGCGAUGGUGGUUCCCCUGGAUAACGACCACAUGGGCCAAGUUCGCGGUGGCUAUAUCCGGCUGUCUGGCGUGCUGGCACGCGGCACCCUCUCCCGAAUCCACCAGCCUGGGUCUCCAACCCCCGGCCUCGCCUUGAAGAUCGGCGACCGCACAGUCUCCUCUGCGAUCUGCCGGCCGGACGACGGAUUCAGCCCGGCCAUCCAACUACCUCACGUCGUCUACUGUCUGCCGAUCCUGCGCGGCACGCGGAACCUGGUCCCCAGGUACAAAGGUCUCUUUCUCGUCCCAUCCGGGCGCCAGGCGCAGUUCCGGCGCUACGGAACGUUCACGGCCGAUUCUUUUGGCGAUGAGUUCCUGGUCUCGUGUCCCCCUUCGUGGCUUGACACGGGUGAUUUGGGCCCUGACAGGCGCUAUGAGGUUACGAUUGUAUGA